AUGACCAGAGCUAACGUGCCAGAUUGGAUAGUGCGUCACGUGGAGGAGCAGCUUGGCGUCGUCCAGCACUUCUUCGCUGCCUGGCUCGACUCAGCGGAGCAAGGCAAGCUCUCCAUUGGCUUGGCGCUGCUCGGGACUUGCCUCACCCUCCGCGGCUUCGUCUUGGUGAAGCCCACCUUUGUUGUGUCGCUGUCGCUGGCCUUGGCGGUGCACGUUCAGGAGGUGGCUGCCACACAGCAGAGCGGCACAGCUGGGGGCAUCUGUGCAGUGCUCGUCGCGGCAUGCUCUUGUGUGCUGGCACAUCGCCUCUAUCCAGUGGCGCUCUUCCUCGUAGGUGCCAGUGCUGGAGGCCUGGGCACUAUUCUUCUGUGCCAAUCCCUGAACCUCGAGCACGCCAGCAAGGAGCUGUUGGCGAUAAGCAUUCUUGUCGCAGUUCCUGGCGGCCUUCUGCUGAAGGAGUUCCGCCUGACAGGAUGGCGCUUCCUGACCCCUGCGGCCGGUGCAUAUUUGCUGGCCACCAGCUGCCAGUACUGGGAAGGCAGCCGGGCAACCUGGAGCGCUGCUAGCAGUCCGUCCUUGCUCUUCAUCACGAUCUGGGGCCUUGCAACUUUGCUCGGUUGGUACUGCCAGCUCAUUGGCCCUGCGUUUGGUGAAGAUCCUUGCAGCCUUCCUGCACCUGUUUCAUGCAGUCUUCUGCGCUUUCAUGACAAGUUCCCGUUCCUGCUGGACGAUGAAGGUCCUUUGCUGGCACGACCGUCUGCAGAUUCAAGGGCCUUCCUGUCAGAGCCGUUCCUGAGAGGUGCAAGGGGUGCUGAGCCGGAUGCUGCCGCAUGGCCUGGUUUUCGAAGAGGCUGGUCUCGUGCACCGAAGCUAUUGGUUGGCUUCAGCGUGGUGAUCGUGCUGCUGCUCAACAGCUUCUUGAUCAGUCAGCCGCUACUCGUGCUGGGCCAUGCGGUUCUGAUGUCCUUGGCCUUCCUCCCGCUGACUACAGCAGGUCUCCUGAGCUACAAAUCAGAGAGCUGCUUCCGAAGUCGCAGCGGCGUCAUGGAGUCUCUCCUGCGGCACGCCGCGCAUGCAACCUUGGGCAUGCUUGUGCUCUUGUGCGCCCUGCUCGGGUGCCUGUCAAUGUACUGGAAGAAGCUUUUGAGUUCAGAACAUGGAUCAUCGCCUACAUGGAGUGGUGGACUGCAUGCUCUCGUCGGCUACGCCACCCUUUUGCUGCUGUUGAUUUGCAGCUGCUCUGGCGCUGCCAAACUUCUUGCUGCUCAGAAAGGAGACAGGCAACAAGACGUGGCACCUUACCAUGCGCUGCUGGGCAAGCUCAUCUACACAUUGGCUGUUUUCAACCAGGUGCAAGGCUUCUUCUUGCCAGGUUUGCUUCCGCUCGGGAUGGCAUUGCUUCUGACCGUGCUGGUCAUGACGUUUGUGAUGGCUCUGCUUGCUUUCUUGUGUUGUCCCUCUUCGAGUUCGGUUCCAGCAGCUCCCUUCGAAAAGGCAGCUCCUGCCGAGGAUGGGGUUCGACAUGUGCAGCUGCUGGGUCGACUGGGGGAUGCGGUUGCUCGGGCUGUGCCUUCUGGUCGACGACGCAAGAGGGCUCGACAGGAAUGGGAUGCUGUGGUUGAGGCCUUUGAGACGCAGGAUGCAGCCAACAUGGUGUCGCUGUGCUUCCUUCGUUGGCACCGCUUCGCGCAGUCGGCGCACAUAGCAAAAGCUCAUGCUGAGCUGCAGAGCAGCGACAACCUGGUGCACUUCUUAUCCUCAACUUUGCUGGGCGAGAUGAGCCAGACCCGGGAGCGUGUGCGCAAGAGCCAUUUGACAUGGUGCCCCGCUACCCGGGCCAUGCUGCCCGGCAGACCCUCGGUGCGCGACCAUGGCGAGAAGGAGCUGAUGGUGGAGGAAUCUGUGGACAGCCUGGGCUUUGGCUUCGUCGACUUGCCUCCCACGAAGUACGCCCCGGUGGUGAUCAAGACGGUGAAGAAGGACUCCUGGGCAGCAGACGCUGGCAUCUUGGCAGGCAGCGAGCUCCUCGAGCUGAAUGGCCAGGAAGCGGGCCGUAUGUCUGCCGAUGACUUCCGAGCCACGCUAAAGCAGCGCCCGCUCCGGGUAAGACUGGCGCCGCCGAUGGCUGAAGCUUGGAAGCAGGUGGCAAACUUCCAGCAGCAGGUGGUGGCGUUGAGUCUCCACAAGGUCCACCUGCAGCAAGCCUUGAAGGAUGAGAGUGACCGCGUAAAGAAGGAACUCGGCAUUUGCACUGCCACGGAGAAGUCAAACAGCCUUCAGCACAAGGCACAGCGCAUCAAGGACAUGGCCCAGAGGGACCAGGAGCGCCAAACGAUGGAGGAGCGCUUGGCAGCUCUGCAGGCUGAGCUGGACAUGAGAAACGGGGAGCUCGAGGCAUUGCGACGCCUCGAUGCCAAACAAGCCGGAGUCCAGAGCGAGGCGUCUUCGGGCCCUCUGGCGGAGGCUGCUGACUCGAAAGCAGGGGACGAGGCAAACUUGUCCAGGCGCCUUGCUGAUCUCGAGCGUGAGAACGCCCAACUGCAAGAGACGAAGGCCGCUCUCGAUGCCGAUCACGAGGCCUUGAAACAGGAGAAGCUUCGAAUUGCCAACGAGAGGUCCGACUUAGAGGCGCUUCGGGCCCAGCUGGAGGCGAAAGCAAGUGCCCAAGACCAACGCGAGGCCGAGCUGGAAAGAAAAGAGGCAUCUGUGCGUGAGGAGCUUGAACGGCUGGAGUCUCUGGCGGUUCUUGAGGUGGUUGAGGAGGAGCUCUCCAAAGCACGUGCCUCGCUCCUGUCGGCGCAGCCUUCGCUGCGCCAGCUGCUAGAAGCAGAGGUAGAGGACGAGACACAGUCCGCAAGCUCAUCGAGCCCCCGUAGCCCACGACGACCUUCUUCAAGCCCUUCACGAUCAUCACAAAGACUUUCACAGACUUCGACGAGGAUGUCGCUUGCUAGGCAGUCGCUCACAGCGGCAAGACUGUCGCAGCUCAGAGCUGCCGCGCCGCCUGUGCAGGAGACCGCUGAUGAAGAUUCCGACGAAAUGUUCUGA